UAGAGGUUCUCUAGGUGGAGUAAGCGUGGCGUAAGAAGUAAGGGUAGAAGUAAAAGAGCUAUUUCCGGUUUAAGAGAGCUGGAAUAAGGGCGUAAGCAAAAUGAAUUAUUUUUAUUUCUUACGCCUACUCUUACUCUUACUGCCUGCCCCAAGUCUUGAGUUAGUGCAGCGGUACAGUUCAAUAUGGCAGCUUAGUUCGGUGAAACUUUGAAAAAAAUGGAUUAUGAAGCAGAUGUGAUUGAUGAUGAUCAUAAUGAUGUAUCGGAAACGCAAAUCAACAUGUGGAGAACAUUGAUAGAACUAGUGAAAGCAAAUCCUGUGUUGUAUAAAAAAAAUCUGAAGGGAUAUAGUAAGAAAGGUGAUAAAGAUUUGAUAUGGGCCAAUAUUGGGGAAUUAUUAACACCACCAAUGACUGGAAUUGCUGCACAAAAGGAGUUUUAUCGCUUGCGACAGAAGUUUGGAAAAGAGCGCCGAAAAGUUAUACAAACGCAGGCAAGAUCUGGUGCGGGUGCAGAUCAUGUGCAAUAUGAAUCAGAUUGGAUACUAUAUGAUGAUUUAAUAUUUCUUGUUGAUUAUAUUCAACCUAGAAAAACAACAUCAAAUUAUCAACGGUCUAUGCACUAAACAGUUCUCACUUCACAAACUUCACUUCUUGCCCCAUCGACAUCUUCAACAUAUUUAUCUAAACAAACUUCUAAUGAUAGCUUAGAUAUAUGGAAUGCUGACUUGUGCGAAUCUUUAACAGAUUUGGAAGGUACAAAUGAUGAAAAGCUCUCUGCAGUGCAUUCCAUGGCAGCAUGUUCUCCUUCAUCUGCUUCAACCAAAUCAUCAACUUCAGACAAUAUAUCUGUAAGCACGUUGAAAACCUUGGCUGCUAAUGUAACUAUCAACAAAAAGACACCAUCAGCAGACAUAUCUAAGAAGAGGAAGCGAGAAACAAUUGAUGAAGUGGAUAGAGUAAUGGUUCAGUCUUCCCAAAAUAUCUCCUCAUUGGCAAGCACAUUGGAGACUGCACUUAAAACUUCGGCAUUAAAACUUCGGCAUUAAAACAACAGCUCACAUCUGAAUGUACUCCUGCAGUACAAGGGAUGCUACCUAGUAUAACCUUAGGACUGAAUAAAGUUCCUGAGGAACAUCAGAUGGAUUGUCUUAUAUUUAUUCUUUCCUGCAUUAAUACAUUUGUUAGAAAAGACUGAGAAUUAAGGAAAUACAACGUGUUACUAUCUGAGAUAAGAUAUCCCAAUAAGCAAAAUGUAAGCAGUAUGUCGACAGACUGGCAACAGAUUUGAUCAAACCAUGUCAGCAGAAUGAUAUCUACUGCGUCCUCAUUCUGCUUCUAAUCUGCUAGCAGAACCUGCUCACAGAAUCGGAUAUCAGAUUGUCGGCAGAAAUCGAGCAGGAUCUGCGCAUGCAAUUUGAUGUUAGAUUGUCAGCAGAAACCGAGCAGAAUCUGCGCAUGAUAACAAAUUGACAGCAGAAACUUCACAAGAUUUGCGCUUAUUUUUAUUAAUGUUAUAUAAAUGCAACACAAUUGAUUAUUACAGGUGCUAAAUAACAAUAUUAUC